AUGAAUAGUUCUGAUGACAUCAGUUUAUCAACAUCCAAGAACUGGGCGUUACCGCCGAGAUCAAAGCCUAAGAAGGGUCGUAAAGAAAGGCCGGUAACCGGAACAUCCAGAGUUAAGAAUAAAGGAACAAGGGUGAGAAUUAACCGGCAGAUCCAUUCCAACAUCAAUCUUUUCACCAACAAUCAGAGCGAACUACAGGCCCAGUUACAGAGCGUAACCAGAGAGAACGGGAACUUGAAGAAGGCUCUGGCCAAGCUCAAUCGGGAGAUCGAGAGUUUGAAGGCUAUUGCCAAUAGCAUCGAACCAAAUACAUCUCCGUUCAUCGUGGACGCGUCUACAAAUACCCUACCUCUCGAUCCGGUCACUAUGAAUUACAUUAUCGACUGCAAGCGACUCAAAAGGGAGGAAACCAAAGGGCCUCAAGGAUCGGGGUCGCUGGCUAUUCCAGUCGGCCUUAAGCCCAUUGUGACUGGAUAUUCACUGAAAAAUACAACCUUCCUCUCUCCUAAAGACAUUCUCAUCAAUCCUACUGCUUUGAAACCACAAACAAGUAUUAAAGCUCCUAAAAAGCAUAAAAAGAAGCGGGAGCAGGAGAACCUUACGAGGGACCUUAAAAAUGACUCCAAAAAGGACCCAAAAGACUCCAAAAAGACACCAGAAGACUCCAAAAAGACCCCAGAAGACUCGCAAAAGCGCCUGAAAAGCCUUUCUCGGGCCCCAGAGAACCCUCAAGAUACCCUCCCUUCACUAAGGAAGCCAGUCGCACCAAAAGCUUCUAAAAGCAUAGAUACGCCUAAGCAAGCUAGUAAGCUACAAUCUGCCUCACAUCCUGCCGACUUGGCAGCUGCUGAUUGGUUCUCCAAAAACAGUUUCCUGGACUUCGACAUGUACAACGAUGGAAUGUCGGAUUCUACUCAUCCAUUGUCGGAGUCUCCAUCAUCAUUCAUGCUUGAAUCUAUGAAGGCCAGUGAAAGUCUUGACGCAAGAAAGAUCGAUGAUACAGCAAACGGCAGCACCACCACCAACAACAACAACAACGAUGAUGCUUUGGCCAGUCCGAGGUUCGACUUUGACAAUAAUGAUGAUUUAAUGUAUUAA